GAAAUCUAAGUCGAAGUCGAAGCAAAAAGUGCGACUAUAAGUGCAGAUAUAAGAGUUAUUGUAAGCAAUCAGGGAUCCGGGCACAAAAGUUGUCAAACUUUGUCUUCACCUUUUCCUGGAAAUGGGGGUUUGAAUUACAACAGAGGGAAGGUCUGAUGUUGUCUUUAAAUUAUAAGUUCAGGCAUUGUUCUUUACAGUUGUACUGUGACUACUGUCGGUUGGCCUCGGAGAGACUUACUUGUUGCUAUCAAUAUAUACCAACCGUUAGUAAAUGCCCAAACCGAUCAAUAGCAGUUGCAUUAAGAGAAGGGACCACUAAAAUUAAAAUAUGAACCCCAUUUGACUAAGGCCAUUGCAAGGAGUUUGGUUGAUAUCAGAAUGCAGAUGGUGGUGCCUGAACAACAACAGCAGCUGCCAGCUUGUUUAGGAUGCUUGGAAGGACGAGGACCAAACGUCGAAUCUUUGGGCUCCGGAGGAGCAGGACUUCGAAGAAGAGGACAAUUGUAUUUGGCCUGAAAUCGAGUAAUUGCAGUAGAGGGGUGCUUCUCAAGCUACUCAGUUCAGUAGUCGUGCCUGGCGAUGAGGUGCUUGCUGUUCAUGUACAAGAACCCGAGCCAGAUGAUACUUUUGACUUGAACACCUUCCACAUCCAUGAGGACCUCUGCAAGUCCAAGCAGGUGGAUUUCCAGGUUAAGGUUUGUGUAGGAGAGUCUUACAUUUCUGAGUUAACCCAUCAGGUUCGAGUUAGCUUUGCUACCAUACUUGCCCUUGGAUGCAGCAGUUCAAGGCCGGAUGACUCAGUUGUUGCUAAUUGCCUGAAAAAAUUGCCUCCCACUUGUACUCUUCUGGUUACGGACAAUGGAGGAAGAAUACUAAUCCAGAGGCCAGGAACUUCUCAACAAGGCUCUAAAACUGAAGUCUUUCAAUCUACCGUAUCUUCUUCUACAACACACAUGUACCUUAAUAGACCAGGAACCCCCCAUCAUUUUCGAAAGUCACUGACCAUGCCAUCUCCCUCAACAUCAACAACAACCAGGGAAGCAGAUAACAAUGGACAGAAAAUUGCCAAGAUGACAAUGCAGCUUCCCGACUUCAUGGCGGAGAAACUGUUCCAAAGGUUGGCACUUCUAGAAACAAAGGGACUAGGCAAGAGGUUCACAUCAUCAGAGCUGAAGCUUGCAACCAGAGAUUUCAGCCCUGAAAUGGUGAUAGGAGAAGGUGGGCACAGUAAAGUGUACCGAGCCAACCUUGGGGAUGGUCGACUUGCAGCUGUGAAAGUCCUCAAGCCCACUCGGUGGUAUGCAGAGGAUCUCCUCCAAGAAGUAGAGAUAUUAAGUGAUGUAAACCAUGAGAACAUAGUUCAGAUUAUUGGGUACUGCUCUAACAGAGAGAUGCAUGCAGUUGUUUAUGAUCUACUAAAGGGAAGCUUGAAACAGAAACUGAGGCAACUCAGGUGGAAAGAAAGGAUGGGGGUUGCUAUUGGUGUGGCAAAGGCACUGGAGUACCUUCAUCAUUCUUGUGACCCCCCCAUUAUUCACAGAGAUGUGAAGUCAUCUAAUGUCCUACUGUCCAAAAAUUGUCACCCACAACUUUCAGAUUUUGGAUCAGCAAUGGUAUAUAAUGGAGCACAGCAAGUUUCAACAAAAGUAAAGCCGCUUCGAGUUGUUGGGACCUUUGGGUACUUGGCCCCAGAAUACAUGAUGUAUGGCAAGGUAGAUGAGAAGGUAGAUGUCUACUCCUAUGGAGUUGUGCUUCUGGAACUCAUCUCUGGGAAAGAGGCUAUUCAAACAAAUCAGGCGUCUAAUCACGAAAGCUUAGUACUCUGGGCAAGGUCUUUACUCAGCUGUGGCCUAUGUGAUCGUCUGAUAGAUCCCAACCUGAAGGACGACUACAAUAAGGAAGAGAUGAAAACGAUGGUGGUUGCAGCACGCCUCUGCCUCAUGCAUUCAUCUUCUAGAAGGCCAACAAUGAAGAUGAUACUGCAAUUGUUUGAGGAGCCAGAGUACUGGCUAAAGAUGCAGAGGGACAGAGAGGAGCUCCUCAAGGGAAUUAGUUUCAAAGGUGAAACAGGCCAGUGGAGACAUGAUGACUUAUUCACAAAUGAUACUCUGGUUGCAGACGAUACCUAGUCAUUCUUUGUCAGCUUCUCAGUCAUGAUAUGUUCUAAUAUAUUUACUGAAUGAACAUAUUCUUAUUCAACCUAUCAUACUUAACAUAUACUAACAGGUCGGGGGCCCUGUCAUCUUAUAACCCCAUGUAGAAAAAUGCUUUAUAUCAGAUCCAUUUGCUUCCCCCCCAUAUAUUGUAUUCUCUGCAAUUUGAAAUGUAUAUAUGCUAAAUUUAAGUCCAAUAAAACGUCUUUUGCUAAUUAUUUUGAUGCAGUGAUUGAAGCCCUGUCUGCAAUUUUGAUUCUAAAGAUGGUACUCAUCUUGCCUAUAAAUAAACAGUGUGAUAUCAGUUCCUUACUUAGUUGCUUCAAGUCAUGGGAUAAAAACUAUCUGGUACAAAUGCUUUUACAUCCAUAUGUAUGCUUUGUUAUUGGAAUAGAGUAGAUGGAAUUGGAAAGGAUUUGCAACAAGGACUGUUUGUUGGCUAAUUAUCCUCAACCAACUGAGAGAAGUUGAUUGGAGAUACAAGUCUUGGUGGACCACUGUAGAGGGUCUCAGCUUCUAGCUUAGAAACAUGCUGUGUUGGGUGGACCAAAUCCCAGAAUAAGUAGUCAUCCCGGUUUGAGCAGACAGUAGCCAAAGGCUGUAAGCAAGGAAGCAAUGCAUUUAACCUCCCACCUCCACAGCAUGCGCUUUUGACAUCCUUUAAAUCUGAGAAUUUGCAUGAUAGUUGAAGUUAGAUUAUGCCCUUUAUCUCAUACUUACUGUACUUCUUUUAACAGGUUAGUAGGAUUCAAUCCAGCAAUCGCCUCAAGAGCAAGGGAUGAGGGAAGAUUUUUCUCAAAAAGAUGAAACCCCAAAAACUAGUAUGCUGAGGAGCCACUUCAGGAACUCUCCACCUAAUCAAGGUAUCCUUUUUCUGAAAUGUAUGAUUAUUACGUUAGAUAGUUUUUUGAGUGAAUCACUUACUGAAUGCAGGAGGAUCGUCUAUAACAUUCAUUGUCAUUUCAUAUGCAUUUCCAAGUGAGUACUUCAUUCCUCCAUAUUCUGAGCUGAGCUUUUGCAAGAGGGCACUGAGUAUUGUCUGGAAAUCUCUGGCAUACUCAUUCAUUUCUUUAUGACAAUGAUCGUUGAUAUCUGCAAGUCUUGACAACGGACAACACCCAAUUGGUGGAACGCCUACAAUGGCAAACUUCCUUGCCCCAAGCUCGAAUAAAUUCUGCCAUAUCAGCAAAAGUUUCAAUUCAAGUAUGAGAUUUCUAGGGCUGUAUUUGGAAUGACAUUCAAUAAAGAAUAGUUCCAAUUUGAUUUUGUUACUAAAUUUCUAUGUAAGCCCUGAUUCAUGGUUCAUAUACUAACUUUAUAAACAUUUGGUUGAAGCUGCAA